AUGGCGGAGAAACGACGUGCAAAGAAGCGGAAGGAUGAAUAUAGUGGCCCCGGCGGUGUAGAUCAAGAAAUAGAGAAAGCUUCCAAGGAGGAGUACAGGGUUGCAAAAUGGCUCAAAUCAAACGUACCGACGAAAAAGACGAAAUUUCUCAAUCACAACGUGGAGUAUUUUUCCGCUAUCAAAGCAAUCGAUGCGUUGCUUGGGUCAAAGUUUGCCCAGGGUGACAAUUGUCUUUUCCCGCAUCGACAGGCCGUGAUUGAUUUUAUGGCCGAUAUGUUGUAUCACAAGUUUUUCCAUCGUGCCCGAAAGGUGCCAGUAAGCGAACAGGAGCUGCGUGGCAAGAGUGGCAAAAAGGCGGUUGAAGCUACGCUGGCGCCAGCUAAGGAUGUUGGUGGCAAAACCACGAAAGAGGAACGUGCAACCGAUGCGGAGAGUAGCCAUGCGGAGGGUGGCAGUAAGGUGGUGGAGGUAGCGGAGAAACGAAAGCGCAAGAUCCGUCUCGAGAUGCAUCCGGAGCAGGUGUUUAUCGAUGGGCACGAAGCGUACGUUUGGCUGUACGAUCCGAUACCGAUGCAUUACUGGAUCUUUGGCGCGUUGCUCGUCGUCGGUGCUAUCGUGAUCUGUCUCUUUCCGCUCUGGCCACCACUGCUGCGAAAGGGUGUUUAUUAUCUGAGUAUAGCGGCAGCCGGUUUUCUGGUAUUCAUUCUCGGAUUGGUCGUGCUCCGGUGCAUAAUUUUCUGUCUGGUGUGGGUCGUUACCGGCGGAAAGCAUCACUUCUGGUUGCUGCCAAACCUGACGGAGGAUGUCGGAUUCUUUGCCUCAUUCUGGCCCCUGUAUAAUCACGAAUACAAAGAUGGCCAGAAUGGCACUGAUAAAGGUAGCAAGAAAACAAAGAAACGAAAACGUGACAAGGAUAGUGGCGGUGAAGAAGAAAAUACCACCAAUAUUCCACCGACGAUUGAUGAAGUGAAGGAACGGGACACUGAAACGGAAAGCGUCAAAAAGCCAUCAUCGCCAACGACCGAAGGAUUACGACAACGUGGCACCAAACAGCAGCCACAGCAAUCGAAACCGUCGCCGGUGACGAUCGCAGAAUCGAUCGACGAGGAGCAAAACUCCGGAACACCGUCGGAAAGCGAUUCGGAAGGUUCGCAGCGUUCGUCUACGGGGAAGGACUUUGAGAUGGUUGAACCCGACGAGGUGGAUACCUCGUAAAAGGCAUACAUAGUCGUUUCAUAUCACCCUACA